AUGGAAGUUAUAGCCGAGCCCGUUGUUUCAUUCCUUCUUGAAAAACUCGGUAAUCAGCUCGUUCAAGAAGCUAUUUCCUUCAUUGGAUUGCAAGCUCAAGUUCAAUGGAUCCAAGGAGAACUGGAGUGGAUGCAGUCCUUAAAAGAUGCUGAUGCCAAACAACAAGGAGAUGAAAGUGUGAAGAAGUGGGUGCAGGACGUGCGUGGCAUUGCAUACGAUAUGGAGGAUGUGAUCGACACCUUUCUCUUGAAGAUAGAACCCUUGAAGCGACAAGGAUUCACCGGCUCUGUCAAGAGGUAUGUUUUCAUCGCCAGUGAGUUGAGAGCUCACCUUAAGAUUGCUUCAAAUAUCAAAGAAAUAAGGCUUAGAAUCGAUGACAUCUCCUUGAGAAGGUCAGCUUAUGGCAUUGAAAACAUACGCCGAGAAGGGACGAGUUCUGCAGGUGGAAGCCUCCAAGAAUGGAGGCUCACUUCUCCUAAUGUUCAAGAACCAGAUUUUGUUGGUUUUGAGAAGGACUCGGAGUCAUUGGUCGUGCGGUUGACAGAGGGAGAGCUGCGACGUUGUGUUGUUUCUGUAGUCGGAAUGGGUGGUCUUGGUCAUCACAAAACGCUGUAUGGUGCUCUCUAAGGAGGAGCUCGAGGUGGUAGAGAAAAUGAACGUCGUUGAACUGAGGGACAAGAUUUCAGAGUAUCUGAAUGACAAGAGGUACUUGUGGUAUUGGAU